UCGGCGUUGUCCGCGUUUUCACAUCGCAUCGCGUAAAAAAACGGGGAAAUUCGCACUCGCAACCGCCUGUAGAGACCGAAUGUUAUAGAAUGCACGGUCAGGGAGCCAGCAACAAACGGUGAUUGUUUACCCAAACUUUGUUUUUGCCCAAUCCCCGUCCUUUCGUGCGUUUCCAUUUGUCCGAUCGCACGAGGUGAAAAGUGUGACGACGCAGCAGAAAAACAGAAAGUAGCCCCCAUUUAUCUAGGAAUUGCCGUCGUCUUUCGCCAAAGGUUCUGUGUUGUGGCCUAGGGGCCACCACCAACCAGGAUGAGUACCACCACGGACUCGAAGGCGCCGCUGCGCCAGGUGAAGCGCGUACAGUUUGGCAUUUUGUCACCUGAUGAAAUUCGCCGUAUGUCCGUCACAGAGGGUGGCGUCCAGUUCGCAGAAACUAUGGAAGGUGGCCGUCCAAAACUUGGUGGUCUUAUGGAUCCGCGACAAGGUGUCAUUGACAGGACGUCCCGUUGCCAGACGUGCGCCGGCAACAUGACCGAAUGUCCCGGCCAUUUUGGUCAUAUCGACUUGGCCAAACCCGUGUUCCACAUCGGUUUCAUUACUAAGACAAUCAAGAUCUUGCGCUGUGUGUGCUUCUAUUGUUCCAAAAUGCUGGUCUCACCCCACAAUCCGAAGAUCAAGGAGAUCGUGAUGAAAUCCAAGGGACAGCCACGAAAGCGUCUGGCCUACGUCUAUGAUCUGUGCAAAGGCAAGACUAUUUGCGAGGGCGGCGAGGACAUGGAUCUGACCAAGGACAACCAACAGCCGGAUCCAAACAAGAAACCCGGCCACGGUGGUUGCGGUCACUACCAGCCAUCGAUUCGGCGGACAGGUCUCGAUCUCACUGCCGAAUGGAAGCAUCCCAACGAGGACUCACAGGAGAAGAAGAUCGUGGUAUCGGCAGAGCGCGUUUGGGAGAUUCUCAAGCACAUCACCGACGAGGAGUGUUUUAUUCUUGGCAUGGACCCCAAGUAUGCACGUCCCGAUUGGAUGAUUGUCACUGUCCUACCCGUACCACCUCUGGCCGUACGUCCGGCAGUUGUUAUGUUUGGUGCAGCCAAGAACCAAGAUGAUUUGACACAUAAGCUGUCCGAUAUUAUCAAGGCAAACAAUGAGCUGCGAAAGAACGAAUCCAGUGGAGCGGCAGCGCACGUUAUCCAGGAGAACAUCAAGAUGCUGCAGUUUCACGUAGCCACCUUGGUGGACAAUGAUAUGCCAGGAAUGCCCAGGGCCAUGCAGAAAUCGGGCAAACCACUCAAAGCCAUCAAAGCCCGUCUCAAGGGUAAGGAGGGUAGGAUUCGUGGAAACUUGAUGGGUAAACGUGUGGAUUUCUCCGCUCGUACUGUCAUCACCCCCGAUCCAAAUCUGCGUAUCGAUCAGGUCGGUGUACCGCGUUCUAUUGCCCAAAAUCUGACCUUUCCCGAACUGGUUACACCUUUCAACAUUGAUCGCAUGCAGGAGCUUGUGCGGAGAGGUAACUCACAGUAUCCGGGAGCCAAGUACAUUGUGCGUGAUAAUGGCGAGCGUAUAGAUCUUCGUUUCCAUCCGAAAUCCUCUGACCUGCAUCUGCAAUGCGGCUACAAGGUGGAGCGGCAUUUGCGCGACGACGAUUUGGUGAUCUUCAACCGACAGCCAACGCUGCAUAAAAUGAGUAUGAUGGGGCACAGGGUGAAAGUCCUGCCCUGGUCGACGUUCCGUAUGAACCUCUCGUGUACAUCGCCCUACAAUGCCGAUUUUGACGGCGAUGAAAUGAAUCUGCACGUUCCACAGUCUAUGGAAACGCGUGCAGAGGUGGAGAACAUCCACAUCACACCCAGACAGAUCAUUACGCCCCAGGCAAACAAACCUGUCAUGGGUAUUGUGCAGGACACUCUGACUGCGGUGCGAAAGAUGACCAAGCGCGAUGUGUUCAUCACUCGCGAACAGGUUAUGAAUCUGUUGAUGUUCCUGCCGACGUGGGACGGUAAAAUGCCACAGCCUUGUAUCCUAAAACCGCGUCCCCUAUGGACUGGCAAACAGAUAUUCUCCCUGAUCAUCCCCGGCAACGUGAACAUGAUACGUACGCAUUCCACACAUCCAGACGAAGAGGAUGAUGGGCCGUACAAGUGGAUUUCGCCCGGUGACACCAAGGUAAUGGUGGAACACGGCGAACUCAUCAUGGGUAUUCUCUGCAAAAAGACGCUGGGUACUUCGGCAGGUUCGCUCCUGCAUAUUUGUUUCUUGGAACUUGGUCACGAUAUCGCUGGUCGGUUCUACGGUAACAUUCAGACCGUGAUCAAUAAUUGGCUGCUACUUGAGGGCCAUAGUAUCGGUAUUGGUGACACCAUUGCCGAUCCGCAGACUUAUAACGAGAUUCAGCAGGCCAUCAAGAAAGCCAAAGAUGACGUGAUAAACGUCAUUCAAAAGGCCCACAACAUGGAGCUGGAGCCCACACCGGGUAAUACACUGCGUCAAACUUUCGAAAAUAAGGUGAAUCGUAUUCUAAACGAUGCUCGUGACAAGACUGGUGGCUCGGCCAAGAAGUCGCUUACUGAAUACAACAAUCUAAAGGCUAUGGUGGUGUCUGGUUCUAAGGGUUCCAACAUUAAUAUCUCACAGGUUAUUGCUUGUGUGGGCCAGCAGAACGUUGAGGGUAAACGAAUCCCGUAUGGUUUCCGCAAGCGCACUCUUCCCCAUUUCAUCAAAGACGAUUACGGUCCUGAGUCCCGUGGUUUCGUGGAGAACUCGUAUCUGGCCGGCCUGACACCCUCGGAGUUUUAUUUCCACGCUAUGGGUGGUCGUGAGGGUCUUAUUGAUACUGCUGUAAAGACUGCUGAAACCGGUUACAUUCAGCGACGUCUUAUAAAGGCUAUGGAGUCGGUGAUGGUCAACUACGAUGGAACUGUGCGUAACUCGGUGGGACAGCUGAUUCAGUUGCGUUACGGCGAGGAUGGUCUUUGCGGUGAGCUAGUAGAAUUCCAGAACAUGCCUACAGUGAAACUGUCCAACAAGGCGUUUGAGAAGCGAUUCAAGUUCGACUGGAGCAACGAGCGAUACAUGAGAAAGGUGUUUACGGACGAUGUGAUCAAGGAGAUGACCGACAGUAGCGAAGCCAUCCAGGAAUUGGAGGCUGAGUGGGAUCGCUUAGUUUCCGACCGAGACAGCUUGCGACAAAUCUUUCCCAACGGCGACUCCAAGGUCGUACUGCCGUGCAAUCUGCAGCGUAUGAUCUGGAACGUCCAGAAGAUCUUUCACAUCAACAAGCGCUUGCCCACGGACCUUUCGCCUAUGCGUGUGAUCAAGGGAGUCAAGGGAUUACUCGAACGUUGUGUUAUUGUCACAGGCAACGAUCGGAUAUCAAAGCAGGCCAACGAGAACGCCACCCUGCUGUUCCAGUGCCUGAUUCGCUCAACGCUGUGUACGAAAUAUGUUUCAGAAGAGUUCCGUCUGUCCACAGAGGCCUUUGAGUGGUUGAUAGGAGAAAUCGAGACGCGUUUCCAGCAGGCCCAAGCCAAUCCCGGUGAGAUGGUGGGUGCCUUAGCCGCCCAGAGUUUGGGUGAACCCGCUACUCAGAUGACACUGAACACUUUCCAUUUUGCUGGUGUGUCCUCAAAGAACGUGACACUGGGAGUGCCACGUCUCAAGGAGAUCAUUAAUAUAUCGAAGAAGCCCAAGGCUCCCUCGCUAACCGUUUUCCUUACUGGCGGUGCUGCCCGCGAUGCGGAGAAGGCCAAGAAUGUGCUGUGCCGGCUGGAGCAUACUACGCUGCGCAAGGUCACGGCCAAUACGGCUAUUUACUACGAUCCGGAUCCACAAAGAACAGUGAUAUCCGAAGAUCAAGAGUUCGUUAAUGUCUACUAUGAAAUGCCUGAUUUUGAUCCCACUCGCAUUUCGCCCUGGCUGCUUCGUAUUGAGUUAGAUCGCAAGCGUAUGACGGACAAGAAGCUGACCAUGGAACAGAUUGCUGAGAAGAUCAACGUCGGCUUCGGUGAGGAUCUUAAUUGUAUCUUCAACGACGACAAUGCUGACAAGCUGGUGUUGCGCAUAAGGAUCAUGAACAACGAGGAGAACAAGUUCCAGGACGAGGACGAGGCCGUCGAUAAGAUGGAGGACGAUAUGUUCCUGCGCUGUAUUGAGGCCAACAUGCUGUCUGACAUGACAUUGCAGGGCAUUGAAGCCAUUGGCAAAGUGUAUAUGCAUUUGCCACAGACCGACAGUAAGAAGCGUAUCGUGAUCACGGAGACCGGAGAAUUUAAGGCCAUUGGCGAGUGGUUGCUCGAGACAGAUGGUACUUCGAUGAUGAAGGUGCUGUCGGAACGCGAUGUGGAUCCAAUCCGAACAUCCUCAAACGAUAUCUGCGAGAUCUUCCAAGUGCUGGGCAUUGAGGCGGUGCGAAAGUCUGUCGAAAAGGAGAUGAACGCUGUGCUCCAGUUCUACGGCUUGUACGUGAACUAUCGUCAUUUGGCUUUGUUGUGCGAUGUGAUGACCGCCAAGGGCCAUUUGAUGGCCAUCACUCGUCACGGCAUUAACAGACAAGACACUGGUGCCCUUAUGCGUUGUUCCUUCGAGGAGACGGUGGACGUGCUGAUGGAUGCCGCAGCCCACGCUGAAACUGAUCCCAUGAGAGGCGUAUCUGAGAACAUUAUCAUGGGUCAACUGCCGAAGAUGGGCACUGGCUGCUUCGAUCUACUUCUCGAUGCGGAGAAGUGUCGAUUCGGUAUUGAGAUUCCUAAUACGUUGGGCAGCAGCAUGCUGGGCGGAGCUGCAAUGUUCAUUGGCGGCGGAUCCACGCCUAGCAUGACGCCACCGAUGACGCCAUGGGUGAACUGCAACACGCCGCGUUAUUUCUCUCCACCAGGCCAUGUGAGCGCCAUGACUCCCGGUGGACCAAGUUUCUCGCCCUCAGCUGCUUCGGAUGCAUCCGGAAUGUCUCCCAGCUGGUCGCCAGCUCAUCCAGGCUCAUCGCCCAGUUCACCGGGUCCAUCAAUGUCGCCUUACUCUCCAGCCUCGCCGAGCGUUUCUCCCUCUUAUUCCCCAACGAGUCCGAACUACACAGCGUCAUCGCCUAGUGGAGCUUCGCCCAAUUACUCUCCCUCGAGUCCAAACUAUUCGCCGACAUCGCCGCUAUAUGCGACAGCAAGUUCACGUUAUGCCUCGACAACGCCAAACUUCAAUCCGCAAUCGACAGGUUACUCGCCAUCUUCAUCCGGAUACUCCCCAACAUCUCCAGUGUAUUCGCCUACACCGCAAUUCCAGUCGAGUCCGUCGUUUGCGGGCAGUGGUAGCACCAUGUAUUCACCAGGCAAUGCGUACUCCCCCAGCUCGUCCAAUUAUUCACCCAAUUCACCAUCCUACUCGCCGACAUCACCAUCCUAUUCGCCGUCGAGUCCUUCGUACUCACCAACGUCGCCUUGCUAUUCGCCAACAUCGCCUUCGUACUCGCCAACGAGUCCGAACUAUACGCCCGUAACUCCUUCAUACUCGCCGACCAGUCCGAAUUACUCAGCCUCGCCGCAUUAUUCUCCAGCAUCGCCUGCUUACUCGCAGACGGGGGUGAAGUAUUCACCGACAUCGCCCACGUAUUCGCCACCGUCACCAUCGUACGAUGGCUCGCCUGGAUCUCCACAAUAUACACCAGGAUCACCUCAGUACUCCCCAGCCUCGCCUAAGUACUCACCGACUUCACCGCUGUACUCGCCCAGUUCGCCGCAGCACUCGCCUUCGAACCAGUACAGUCCCACUGGAUCGACCUACUCUGCGACGAGUCCACGGUAUUCACCAAACAUGUCCAUCUAUUCGCCGAGCAGCACGAAGUACUCGCCCACUUCGCCAACGUACACGCCCACGGCCCGCAACUAUUCUCCCACGUCGCCGAUGUACUCGCCGACGGCGCCAUCACAUUAUAGUCCGACGAGUCCGGCUUACUCGCCCAGCAGUCCAACGUUCGAGGAAAGCGACGACUGAGGAAAGGAGGACGGGGGUAGUUCCCCCAGCACUUCCCGAUCCCCGGGGCGGUCAAGUCGUAGUUAAAGAGCCGACUAUAAUUAUUGACCUGCCUUGGGGAAAAGGUGAAUUUAACAAUAUGAAGUCUGCAACUAGCUGACAGGUCCGGCAAUUGAAAAAAGUCAUUACUGUUUGCAUUGCCAAUUUUUGUUUAACUUGUGCAGAUUUUGUUAUGAAUAUUUGAUUCAGUUUCUGGUAAGCUGAAGAUUUUUGAAACACAUUUCAAACCUAUAGUUUAAUAGAAAAUUGAAUUUGAAUUCAUUUCUAUUGGCACAAAUUAAAUAAACAUUGCAAUGAUCGAACUGUCAAUGAUGAUUUCAUUCAAAACCUAUUUGAAUGCUAUUUCUUUUAUCAAUUGGAUCUUUUUUGUCACUCUUAUGCCACUUUCAUUUUUUUUUACAUCUCUAAUUUUUAUCUGGCCUAAAUUUAGUAGCAAGACCUUAGUAAAUAAGUAUGGAGGAGAAAGAAAUGAAAUGCGAUAACUAAAGUGCGGGAUUUUACCAGUAAACACCAAACAAUA